AUGGCGUCAACUCGCCCUUCACCAAACCUCUCAACUUUUGUGUCAUGUCUUCAUCUAAUUUUUACGCUUGCCUCAGUUGCUUUUCUUUCGUACAAAGUUUAUUACCUUGAAUAUGAGCUCUCUUUAAUUCGGGGAAAAGAAUCUUUAAGUGAUGGCCGCAUAAGCGUGACUGAAGCGACUCCUCUGUCUCCGAUUCCGAACGGUGAAGAGCUCAGAAGUGGACGGAAUCGCAGAGCUGAUCAAGAGAGGGUGAUUUCCGAGUCUUCAGCUGGCAAACUCAAGCAAGCAUGUGUCCAGAAGUUGCUGGACGAUCUUCAGGUAAGGCAAUCUAUCUGAUCCUAGUUUACCAUUGUUUCAUAGUUAGCCAUCUUAAUUCUGCAUUCCUACAAUACAAACUCUCACGCAAAGGAUGUUCGAAAAAAUCUCAAUUUCAUUGUAUCGUAAAAUAGGGUUUUCGAGUUUCAUCGAUCCAUCUAAACGUUUCUCAUAAUGUGUAAUAUGUUGGACUGUUUGAUACACGUUAAUUCGAAGUUAUUUCCGGAUGGCUAAGCGUCAUGGGGGAUAUACUCCCUUUUAAGCCAUGCAACAGUAUUGUGAGCGGUUAUUGGAUGGUUUUUAAACCCUUUUGGUUAGAAAUUGGGUAUAGAUUUAUUUCCACCAUUGUGGUCUGGGUAUGGAUUUUAAAGACGCAACAUUUUACUGUCUUGAAAAGUGAGCUUUGAUAAUUUGAAAGGUACCGUCUCUCAUUUGUACGUAAAAUCCGUGUCGCAGAUUUAAGCAGCUACAAUGGAAUAUUAGGUAUCAAAGUGUAUACGCACUGCCACGGUCUGCUAUGAAAUAGAGCAUCAAACUUUGGGUUAUGUCUAAUACGAUGUCGGAAAAUCAUAACUAUCUAGCUUGUUUUGGGUAAGGACCACACGGCUCCUGUACGGCAAUGAUGCUGCAAGCCCACCUCUGUCACAGACCUCACAAAAAAACGUUUUCCCUGGCAAAGCGCCGUUAUUGUUGUGAAGUAAAAUUUUAGUUGUUGUUGUUGUUUUUUUUUUUUUAGUUCUAGACACACUUGAGUUUGUGCUAAGUCGGCAAGUUUAUAAUGUUCAUUUAGUAUAAUUGACAGGGAGUUACUCACCAUGCAUGCCGUUCUAUGCGGGUGGUCACCUUUGCGAGUAACGUCGAAGACCUAAACCCGGAAAAAUACAGAGACUUCUACCCACGGAGCGAUAUACUUUGUCUAGUUCAGUUGAGUAAUGUAACAGAAGAUGACCUUAUUUAUGCCAUAUAGGGGAUAUUUAACUACCGUGAACUGCCGCUUGAAAGCCCUAGGAUUAAUAUAUCCAGUCCGGUAGCAGGUUUUAGAAGGGCUAAUAAACGCGGAAGGGCUUAAGUCCCGGGAAGGGUUGGAGGGGAGGACGGGGGCGAUUGGGAUAAGUUGCCGUUUACGUUUAAGGUAUGUUGAUUGUUCCUCGUUCCUACUUCGCACUCAGUUGUAAAGCCACUCCAAGGCUGUUAAGCUCUAGUUGCAGUUUGGAGAAUCGACAUGGUUGGGAACUCCUUCCGUAACGCAAACCUUCUAAAGGACGGUUCUUCGGGACAAUUUAACUGUAGCUUUGUGUCAGUAGUGCACAUACCUCUGUCUCGCAAAGUUCAUAAUAAAUACAACUGAGAAGGGAAUGAUAAGUGAGUCGUAAUCCAGAGAACAACAGAUUUCCAAUUAGUGCACAAGCGCUAAAUGAUAGUAUGCUCAUAAAAUAUUUCAUUGUUUUGUGUUUUCAAAGUACGCGAGAAUUACACUGCUAAUAAGGAAAUGACUGCUAGGUACAGGCACAAGCGUGUGAUACAGUGGAGCCAAGUAAAAAAAACAUGCACAGAAAAUUUAUUUGUUUAUUUACGUAUUUUUUCACUUAUCAUUUUAUUUAUAUAUUUUUUUUCAUGGUUUAAUUUUUCAUACUGAGACUCAAUUCACUGACAACUCAGAGUAUUCGGAAGCUAUAAGUGUAUGGAAUUUGUUGUCAUAGAGUCAGAGGCGCAAUUGGCCGGCAUGAUUAUAAAAAUAAAAAAUAAAUAUUACCCGCGAAGCACUUAGGAGUUCUUGAGAACUCGUUUGAACGUGUCCGUGCGUUCCAGAUUGAAUUGGAAUUUAGAAGUGUUGGUUUUAGGAGAGGGGAAAACCGGAGUAUUCGGAGAGAAAUCUCUCGGAGCAAGGAAGAGAACCAACAACUAAUGGCGUCGACGCCUGGAUUUGAACCCGGGCCAUUAGACGAGUGCUCUCACCAUUGUCCCACCCUUACUCCCCAGCUAUUACUACGCUCCAAAAUGGAAUGUUGACAUUUGAAAUAUCUAGACAUUGCAGCAAUUGUUUACUUAUCAUUGUAAAUUGUAACCUUGACCGUUUUGAUCAGCUUGGUAUAUUUAAGAAAAACAAAGUCAAGAAGAAUUAACUGAACUGGAGAAUUAAUUUCCUAACCCAAAUAAUGAGACCUACACCACGGGUCAAAAUAUUAUUUUCUUAGGUCAGUUUUACGUCAGAUGAGUUUUUCCGACCAAUUGAACUGAGUUGUAAUGCUUUGUUACAGCUUUAAGACGAAUUGCCUUUAAACUGACCUAAGCUGGGAAUUUCCAAGUCAGAACUAUUCAGGGAACAAAAUAUUCCAUUACUUCGAUCUCUCGCCCCAAAACCUUCUUUGUUAAGACUGUUUUGUUUCUAUUUUAUUUAUAUUCAAUAGGACGCGCCUGAUACAGAAAUUUGCUGUUGCGCUAUUUAAGGGAGAAUAAACUAUACACUGUUGUCAGCUUGACAUCAUGCCAAGAAAAAUACAUUUGUGAAAAACAAUCAGAGUAUGAACCACAAUAAGUUCAUAAAAUUUGAAAAUAAAGUUAUAGUGAUUGAAUGUGCAAUAUUGGAUUUAACUCUCACUGUGUACUGUCAGUGAUACUAAAGCAGUAGUUAAUGGUUUGUGUUUGUCUCAGGUCAUUGAUGGUGUAGUCAACCGAACUGGGAGACUUGUUUGUAUGAGAGGUCAGUAGCUAGAAUUAACAUAUGUACAUGCAGUCAAAUCCCUCUAUAGGAACACACAGUUUUAUGGGUACCUUUCUAUUACGGGCACUAGUAAUGUUUACUCACUAUCUCUUUAAUUAGUGUUCAUUAGUUCUUGGCAGUUUGAGGAGUAACAUAGCGAACAAAAGAAGAUUAAAAAAUUAUUUUUAUGAUUAUCAUUGUCACAAACCUUCAGUUGAAGCUUGAAAAAACAUCCAUAUAGUUUUUUACGUUCUCGGCUUGAUUAUAGUAACACUCAGACAAGUAGCUUAUAGCACUUUCAGCUGAUCCCUAUGAUCGGUAUUUACAUUGACAGUUUAUAUAAUUGGAUUUCCUCAUUGCUCCUCCAGAAAAAAACGAGCCUCACUUGCUCACUUGUAUUUUCAGCCCAACACAGGUUAAAAGUUUGCUACGUUACCAUUGCUUUUCAGUCUAUAAGCGACCAUAAGCUGGUAAUCUAAGCUUCAAUGACUAAAAUCGGACUAAAUUAUUAAAGCAGACUUAAAGCAGAAUGAUUUUUGAUGCGAAACUGUAUUCGGAAUGCUAACCCACCACUAUAAUUCUCAUUCAGGUCCUCAAGGCCCACCAGGAGUUCCAGGUCCCCGCGGUGCACGAGGUCGCCGUGGUAGAAUAGGAGCACCAGGUUACCGCGGUCGCCGUGGUCGCUCAGGCAUACCUGGACAAAUAGGAGCUCCUGGAAUAAGAGGUCCUCAAGGAAUCCCAGGAAGGGGCCUUGAUGUUAAUGUUACGGAAAUUGAAAAUCUCGUUGAAAGAUUGAUGAACUACAAUCCAGACGAAAUAACCAUGUUUGGUGAGUAAAACGUAACAAACAUAAAUAUAAAUUAACAAGAAUUAACGGAGCAGAUUAUUAAUAAGUAAAUCAACCAUCGUCAUGUAGAGUGUUGAGCUAACGUUCAAAGAGCUAGCCCUUCAUCAGACGGAAUUAAAGGAUUGUGAGUGUAAUUUAACUGAAUGUGUGGUAUGGAAUGGUGUAGGGGAAAACAGCUAUUUUCUUCAACAAUCAUAUUCUGCUUCUUCUUAAGCUGAGUUACGACGUUAAUCUUCAGCCGAAAACAUUUGAACAAGUGACAUGCAUAUCUGUUUAAUUUGACCAACAGCUCCUCCUCGAUUUACAAAGAAACCUCCGUCUUCCAUUGUCAUCAAGGAUGGCAGCAAUAUGACAUUCAGUUUUUCAAUAUCCGGGUACCCAAAACCCAAGGUAACGUGGUCUAUGAAAACCAAAACCCAAGAAAACCAAACGCGUUUCAGGGUACUCGCUGACAAGUUUGAGAUGAGCGAUGUCCGGUUUGAGGACGAGGGAGUAAUUACAGGCCGUGCCGAAAAUAUGUUUGGUAUUCAAGUGACCGAAGUAAAAAUAACUGUUAAAGGUGAGUAGGCAUAAAUUAAACGUGUGACACUUGAUGCAGACAGUCAGUAUAUCCUCAUGGCUGCGGAUUGUUUUUCCUAAGAAAUGAUGGCGUUUUCAGCACGUUUAGCAAGUUUUGUCCUUUUAUGAACUCCUUCGUGAUUGUCCAGAGACUUACGACUGCCACUUCUUUAGGCAAGAUUUACCCCGGCGCUUCAUUUUGUUAUUCUACCCUGCAGGUGCGCCGAGGUUCCCCAAUUCUCCUCCUGUACAAGUGCAUGGCUACUUAGGUAAAGAAACAAGGGUUCAAUGUGACCCCCUGGGGAACCCCACCCCUAAGAUUGAAUGGACCAGAACUCCCUCAGCACCACUCCCUCGAGGACGCAGUGAGGUCAGACAAGACGGACUUUAUAUUAAAAACACAGAGAGGGAAGACGAUGGCAUCUACACAUGUAUCGCGGCCAACGAAUUUGGAAGGGUCAUUCAAGGGGCAUACCUCAAAGUCAACUCAUUCAGUAAGUGAUAAUGUCAAAAGCCCAUUAGGUUUUCCUGGAUGUAUAUUCGAAUUCAUCAAUUAAGGGGAUUUCCUCAAUUAUUAGGUUUUAGUUUUGUGCUCUUGCAGGCUUUGUUAAUUAACUUUAAGUUCUUUUAAGAGCCAUAAUUUGUUUUCGUGACUAAUCGCCAGAAUAUGCUUAAUGCUUGUUUAUCCAAGUUAGACCGGGUUCCGGAUAAGUCUUCUUUUUGCUUUUGCUAAUUUGCCAGUGGCUAAGCACUUUUGACUGAUGAUAUAAAUAAUGUUACUUUUUUAGUAAGAGUGUUUAUAAACAUGGAUUUUCCCAUUAAAUACCAGAAUCAUAUGUAAGAGGAUAUUUGGCAAAAAAUACCAGGCAACAGCCACUGUUCGUAUAAGGCUGGAUCAGUGCAUAAAAUUGAUGAUCUUAAUACGCCUACAAUAUAAUAGUCUUAAACACGGCUUACGUACGUUAUAUCAAUACCCAGAACCACCUGCGUUUACCACACCACCACCAGAUGCAAUAAACGCCUCAGGUAUCAGGGAAUCGGUACGAGUCAACUGUUCUGCUACAGGUGCUCCUCUACCAAACAUCACGUGGUACAAGAAUAAUGUCACGAUACCCUCCUCCUAUUAUGCCAACUCGGAUGAUCAUGAAGUCACCGGCGAGCUCGUGAUUGAUCAGUUCCAGCCCUCAGACCAGGCCACGUAUACUUGUAUUGCUCGUAACAUGUACAAGGAUGAAGUAAAGACAAGUACAAAGAUAGGUACUAUGCUCAUCCAAUUAACAUUAUCUUCAUUUAAGUCUCUGGCGAAACUUGCAAUAUUGCUACUCGGCUUACGUUUAAUACUUCCUUGAACAACAGUUGAAGAGGAUUUUGUUUGUCAUUGUCAUUUAUAUGUAAACAACCCUUGAAAUGAGCACCACCAUAGAAAAGUAGAAUGGAAAAAGAUGUCUUCAUCACAGUUUCAGACAGGUUCCGUGGGAAAAAUUUGCAUUUUGAAGUAAUAGAUAUAUACAAUGGGGAAUUUUUUUGGUGCCAAAACCGACAAAGCAUGCAUUUGUUCUGUCCUUCUUAACUGCCAAAAUCCUUACACUGACUUAAAGUACAAAAGAUAGGUUCAAGAGAAAAACUAACCUCUUGGAGCGAAGGCGAUCAGCAAAACUAAAAUCAACCCACGUAUGGCUUCACUUCCGUGAUUCGAAAACGAGCGAGAUUGAUGGAGAAAGAGGUGUUUUACCACUGUUAGGCAUGACUCCAUAUUUAGCACUGCUAAUCUUAAGCAGCUUGUACUAGAUCAGAACCAAUUUGACUGUCGUGACUGUUUUCUAGACUUAACCAGCUGCGGUGACCCAGGCAAACCAAACAAUUCAGCUGUUGUUAUUCAGAGCGAGAACCAUUGGGCAGGGCAAUAUGUCUGGUACUUCUGUAAUCCAGGAUACACUAUGAUUGGUCCAGCUAUCAAAAGAUGUUUCCCAAGUGGGAAUUGGACUGGAUAUACACCAAGAUGUGAGUGAUAGUUAGAAUAUGAGCGGCGAUCUGCACUAUGAGCCCUCAAUACGUCAAGCUUGUGAAAAUGAUCUUCAGGUCUUCCUACAAUUUGAGCUAUUGUAGAGCAAUUUUCAAUUUUGAGUGGUGAAAGUAAUCCAGGAUUGAAUUGGAUUUGCUUUACUGUGCUGUUUGAUUGGACUAGAAAACUCGCGCCACCCUCUCAGCCAAUCAGAUGUAAACUAAAACCAAUCGCUCCUUGGUCACUCGCGUUUUCCCGCGCUACAGGCCGGUUACACGCGUUUACUUUGAGUUGUCAUUGGCUCCCUCUGAUAAUUUCCUUUACUCUGAUUAGCCGUUGUGAUUACUUUGGUUUUGGUUUUCGACACUCAAUUGAAAAGCGCUCUAUCUGUUAGUGAGUAAAUUCAGUAAGCAAAAAGAUAAUUCUGCAUCAAGAUAUAGACACUCAUAACAUAAUAUUUCUUUUUGUAUUGUUCAGACAAAACACGAUUUUGCGAGUGGUCAAUAUGUCAGUCUUCGGCUAUGUGACCAUGGUAACCAGAGAUUUCCGGACAUCCCUGAGUUAGCUAUGUGGGGGUGACUUAAUUUGCGGGUCCAGAGCCUCGAUAUACUUAGCAAUUAUUCCAAGAGUGCGUGUUCCAUAUGAGUUGGCUAUAAUCAUCUCAUAUCUAACAAGCGCGAGUGGAUAUAAUUGUUGUAUUAAUAAAAUUUCUAAAACAACCGAUUUUCAGCUCGCUUUUGAUUUUGACUCCACGCGUACAGUUACCAUAUUUGGAGAGCCUGGUAUAAUUAACAAUUAUUCGCCGAAGGCGAAGUUAAUAUUGCUGAAUAAUCUCCGAGACCAAGUCAAGGGGAUUAUUCAACAAUAUUAACUGAGUCUGAGGUGAAUAAUUGUUUUAGUAUAUUCACACGAAGUGAUCUCAACAGAACCAGAGAGGAAACCAUUAAAAAAACCGGUUAGUUUGAUUGACGGGUGAAUUCAUGCGUGAACACGAAGCCGUUAACAGUGGAUGCCCAAAAGUUAGAUCUUUACAGUAUCUUCAAUCAUGGCAAAUGAUAGUUUUUAUCUUUUUGUAUCGAGUUUUGUAAGCUUUAGCAUCAACGGUUUAAAAGAAAACCCCGAAAAUUGAAAUUACUACCCAAUUCUGAGAAGAAAAGUAGAGGUUUGUUUGUUUCUGUCAACUCACCGUGAAUGAGAAAGUUUUCGUUGUCGCUUCUUGCAAAUGCUAUCAACACCGGCUACGAUCAAGGUGAGCAUUGUUUAUCUCCAAAUUUCUUUGCCUAUAGUUAACUUGCUGGCACGUAUAAUUUUCGAAAAUAUUUGCUUUCCUCUUUUGUCCAUAAAUUAACUUCCAUUUAUAGGGAAAAUUGGCCUUGCGAGAAAAUCCCGAAAUCACAAAACAGCGACAAAGCGACCUCGUUUUCCUCUGUAGUGGUAAACAUAGCUUCGAGCAUGCAAAAAGUCAGCCACAGUAAACCACUUCACAAUAAAUCACGCUGUUUAAACACCAUGAAGUCUUUUCUUGCCUUCAAAGCCAUCAGCACUUGGAUAUUCGUGUAUUUUCAAAAAGGCUUUACUAUGAACCUUUGGCAAAACACCCAGUUCACGACAGCAAUUUUGUUCGGCUUUAUAUUCACCGCCUAGCCAAGCGCGGCGAAUAUAACGACAUAGUCCGAGAUAACUAACCAAUCAGAUUGCUUGAAUUACCAAGAUCACUGAGUGUGUAUAUAUACUAAUAACUCACAUACCAUGAUGGCUAAAGCAGUCUGAGCUCCAGAAUUGCGUUAUCCAAUGAUUCAGUUUUUAAUAAUGUAAAUAUGCUAUCACAAUAUUUGCCUACAAGAACUAAAAAUUAUUAGACAAAAUACUUGAUGAGAUAGCUCCAUAAAGCAAGGGUGAAAAUUUUGUUGUUUGUUUAUUACUCUCUUUUUGUUCAGGAGCACGUUGACAAUUGUUCGCGGAGUGCAAAGUAUUCUACGAUGUUUGUCUUAACCUCCUGAGUGCCCUGAAGAAUGACUUCUUUUUAUUCAGUAACAAAAGUCAAGUUAAAAUGACCAUCUUGAGAUGAUGUGGACCAAUGAAAUGGAUAGAACCGAAUAUAACGUUUUUACUUAUGCAAAAUGGAUAAGACAGUUUACUAUUCAUUUAUUCCAUUUUAUAGGUACUGAUAAGCCGGAAUGUGAGCGAUACUGGACCAUAGAUGACCCGACAAGAUAUUAUGGUUUUAGGUCAGGGCAAACAAAGAGCGAUUACUAUCUUCCUGAGGGAUGGUACAGAUUUAUAACAGGCAAACAACUGUCCGCAAGUUGCAGAUAUUCGUCGUCGACCGGCUAUUGUGAUGCUUCAAAUCAGGGAUCAUUUCAGGGAAGUCAUCCUUCGGUUGAGGACGGGGUGGUAUCCCGGAAAGUGUGUUUCGGUUAUUAUCAAAGUGGUUUUAGUUACGGCAAUCGGAGACAAAACACCUGUUGUAAGCAAAGUACAUAUAUAAAGGUUCGCAACUGUGGUUCUUUUUAUGUCUACAAACUGAAGCCUACACCAUAUAAUAGCCGUUACUGUACGCAAUAUUAAGUAGGCUCAAUUAAGGAAAUAAAUAUAGUCCAUUGACACCACACUAGCCAUUUAUUAGAUUUAGUGUUUUAACGUGCUAAAAUAUAUGAAGUUCAGUAAAUUAAGACAUUUAAUUUCAGAGAACGCCAGCCUUGCUGCGUUACAGUCGCUAUAAAGGGCAAGUGUUUUGAUAGAAGAUUUAUAUGUUUUUUACGGUAAUUUCUUAAGAUCAUUAAAACUAAACG